AUGGCCGACACCGCAUCAUCCCCGCCCCCCGUCGCCGUCAAAACUACCGACGCCCACUUAAUAGAAAUAGAUCCAAGUUCACACAACACUGCCGGCGUUAGCUCCAUCGACGACGUCAUUGAACGCUACAUGUCUGCUGGUGACGGCUCCCUCACUCUCCUCCUGUUCCCAUUCCUCGCCACUCUCACCUGGAUGUUCGACGGCCAACAAACCUUCAUCAACGUCUUCUCCGAUUUCCAACCACCAUGGCACUGCACAUCUCCCAGCUGCAACUUCACCACCUCCCUUUCCGCAGUCUGUAAUCUCCCCUCCUCCUCCUGGUCCUUCUCCCACAACCGCCGCAUCUCUACCAUCUCCGAUUUCUCUCUUGAGUGCGCCUCCCCUGUCCUCCUCGCCCUCCCCUCCUCCUCCUUCUACGCCGGCUGUCUUGUCGGCGGCCUCCUCCUCGCCACCAUAUCCGACUCCCGCUACGGCCGCAAACAGAUCCUCGUCCUCUCCACCUUAACCAUGUCCAUAACCGCAGUUCUCACAGCCUUCUCCCCAAACCUCGCCAUUUACGCCGCACUCCGCUUCGCCUGCGGUUUCGCCCGCUCCAACGUCGGUCUCUCCGCCUUCGUUCUUUCCUCCGAACUCGUCCCCCGCCGCCACCGCGAACUUGUCAGCAUCUUCUGCUUCAGUUUUUUCACCAUAGGCUUCCUUACUCUUCCCCUGAUUUCCUUUCUAAACAGAGCAUCUUCUUGGAGACUGCUCUAUCUCUACACCGCCAUCCCCGCCUUCAUUUACAGCUUUUUUCUCCAUUUUUCAAUGGUAGAGUCCCCGCGUUGGCUUUUGGUCAAAGGUAGGAGACAAGAAGCCAUCGAAAUACUGAAAAAGCUCUCACUUUUAAACAAAACAGAGAGCUUCGCAGACUUGGCGGUGACGACAUCUGAAAAAACAGAGUCUGGCGGUUUAUACUCGGCGGCCAAAAUUUUGUGGGAGAAGGAUUGGGCUUUACGGCGGUUGGGAAAAGUUAUGAUUGUGAGCUUCAGCGUCGGAAUGAUGUACUACGGAAUGCCGCUCAGUCUCGGGAAUCUCAAGGCCAAUCUUUAUCUGAGCGUGGCCAUGAACGCUGUGGCAGAGCUUGUGUCGACGUCCAUCAUCUUCUUUGUCGUUAAGAUGGUUAGCCGGCGGAGGUCUAUGAUCGGGCUGACGGUCGUGACUGGAGUCGCUUGCCUUGCUUGUGCGGGAAUGUGGGGCGGAAGUUUGUCGGAGAUGUUGUUGGAGUUGGCGGCGUUCUUCGGAACAUGUACUGCGUUUAAUAUUCUGUUGAUUUACGCCAUCGAAAUGUUUCCGACGUCUGUUAGGAGCUCGGCCAUUGCGUUGGUGAGGCAGGCGGCGGUGGUCGGCGGGGUGGUGGCGCCGGCGGUGGUGAUGGCGGGAAGGAGGAGGAGAUUUCUUUCGUUUGCGGUGUUUGGGAUAGUUGUUAUUUGUGGUGGGUUGUUUGUUUUCUGGUUGCCGGAGACGAGGGGGCGAGGUAUUAGCGACACCAUGGAAGAAGAGGAGCAGAAGAUGGAGAAAAAAUUGCCUACUUAGCAUGUAAG